GCUCACGACUGUUUUCUCCACCUAAUUGUGUUACUACUCUGUCCGAAUACACCGUGGUAUUGCGCCUCGGGCAUGCAAAAAACAUUCUAGCCUGUUAUUUUUUUUCCAUCCCACUGCAUCCGCACCCAGCGAACGGUUAGGGAUUAGAAGCGUAAGCUUUCUUGCGGCGAUUAUUAUCGUUUGCACCGCUUCUUCGGAAUGCUGAACCGGGAUAAGGACACAUUUUUUGUAACCGUUCUCGUCCAGCUACAGUUCAACUGUUGUCGUCAACAUUCUAUCGGACAUCAAAACACAUGGCCGUACCACUCGUGGUUUUAAAAGGACGAACCGAACGAAAUGGAGAGAAAGAGAGAAGGGAUAGAUGCCGAUCCUUAUCGCACACGCUCUGGCCGGACCGAAGCGAGUAUCCUUGCGCUCUAGGGAAAUCAACGCAGCUCGAGACCGACUACUACUGCCCGCUCUUCCGGGCGACGAGCGGCGAUUGCCUUCGCGCCAACGGUGGGUGGUCCCCGUCCGUCCGGUGCUGUGCAUGCGGUCAUCGAGGUCGGCGAUUUCGGCGAGGACGUGUAGGAGUAUAAAUAAGCGCUAUUCACUGCGCCGCGGGUUCAGUCGAUGUGUUGCUAGCAGCGUUGGUGGUUCACCGCACACAACAACGAUGAGUCCCGCACGACCAAGCACGACCGGUUCCAGCGCAGCGUUCCUGUGUUUGCUGCCAAUUUUAACCGCACUCCUCGUACUGCCCCAGUUACCGCCAGUUAGCUCAGCGUCCCCGGAAAAUGCAACGGACGCCAGAGCAUGGUUCGAACGUAUGAACGCGGAGUUACAUGCACUCAACCGUGAGGCAGCCCAGUACGGUUGGGAUUUAAGCACACAGCAUCAAUCCCGUGUGGAGUUCACGCUCGAGAGCAUGGUGCAAUUAGCUCAGCGAAAGGCGGCCUGGCUGCAGGACACGUGCGACGAGGGCGCCCUCUACCGGCAGUACGGAUGGCCGUACGAUCGAGCGUACUAUUUGCUGUGUCGAGGACCACGCAAUACCCCGGAGGAGCUCAGUGAAAUGGCCCAGCUGUUUUCCUUCAUCCAGCGUAUCUACACCGAGUCGGAAGUGUGUAUUCCCGCAAACUGUGGCGCAAGCUCGUCGGAUGAUGGGACGCUUCUUUGGAGCAAUACGUUCGUGCGAUAUCCCGGUCUCAGUACGGGGCACUUGGAUCUCAGCUUCGUGGCGCCAGCUUCGCAGGAACUCAUCUCCAGUACACCGACCAAAUUGCCCAAGCAACUGCAGUGCUUCUCCGGGGAGCCCGAUCUGGAGCGUCUGAUGCUCUCGGAAGGGAUGGAACGCGUUUGCCGGGGUCGCUUCCCCAACGAAACCGUUCUUCGCUGGGCAUGGGAAUCCUGGCGCAUGGCGGUGGGACCGCCGAUGCGACAACCGUACGGACGACUGAUUGAGCUCAUGAACAGUGGCUGCAUGCGGGGAGCGAACCAUCGCGAUGCGGGUGAAUGUUGGCGCGAAGAGUUGGAGAUUCCCGAGCUCGAAUUCCUGGUCGAUCGUUUAUGGCACGAGGUGAAACCGUUCUACCAGAAACUGCACGCCGUUGUACGCCGUUUUGUGCGAGCGAAGCACCCGAAGGAGACCUCGUCGAUCGAUAGCGAUGGACUUAUUCCGGCACAUCUGCUCGGCGGCAUGUGGAGUCACAGCUGGAUGGGAUAUGCUCGUGACAUUAUCCCCCACUGUGUAGAUAUAGAUCGAGCAUUCGCAGACACUAACUGGACCUCGUUGGAUCUUGUGCGGCGUGCCGAAGAUCUGUACGCAUCCCUCGGACUUUCACGCAUGACGGACGAGUUCUGGAAGCACAGCGUCAUCGGUAAGGGAGCUGCCGGCGGCAAGUGUCACGGUACCGCCGCUAACAUGUUCGCCGACGGUUCAUCCGACUUUCGAAUGAUCGUGUGCCCACGGUCGGAAGCUCCGGCGCAGGACUUUUACGUCACCGUGCAUGAGAUGGGCCACAUUGUGUACUACAUGGAAGCGUCCAAACAACCUACCAUCUUCAGCGACGGCACGACGGCCGCAUUCCAGGAAGCGUUCGGCGAUGCCAUGUACCUUGGCGCCGUAACACCUCAACAUCUCGUCCGGCUUGGUUUGCUCGAUUCGAAGCAUAUGGCACCGGAGAAAAUGGCGCCAUGGGCCAAUUCUACGCUCAACUCCUUCGACUAUGCGUUUCUGCUGAGGAUGGCGCUGGCCAAGAUUCCUACCAUUCCCUUCGAGUAUCUUAUGGACCAGUACCGGUGGGACAUUUUCGAUGGAAGCGUUGAGUAUGGGCAGGAUGCAAAUAGCUACUUUUGGUUCCUGCUCCAACGACAGCAAGGAAUACGACCGCCGUCUGCGGUGCGAGCGCGCCAUCCGCUCUUCGAUCCUGCCUCCGUUUACCACCUGUCGGAUAAUACACCGUUCGUGCGCUACUUUUUGGCCAGCUUUCUAAGCUACCAGAUCUACGAGGGAUUGUGUCGCGGUGCUCUCUACGGGACGGUUAGCAAUCCGGCGAACGAAAUCCCGAUGCCACUGCAUCGGUGCGAUCUGUACGGUUCGAAGAAGGCGGGCAAGUUGCUGCGGAAGUCGCUAGCACGAGGCGGAUCGGUGCACUGGACCGAAGUACUGGAGGAGCUUACCGGAGACGUGGAGCUGUCGGGCAAGAGUUUGCUCAGGUACUAUCAACCUCUGAGCGAGUUCUUGGAUCGUUUCAUCGAGCGCCAUCAGCUUGUCGUGGGCUGGGAACACUAAACACGGGAGAAAGCUGGAAAUCAUAUCACGGCACUGGUAUUGGGGAACUGGUUGACAAGUGGGAACCAUUAUUUAUUCUUUACCUUCUCGUUUGGUUUCCUUUCCCCCGUAAAUCCUCCACCAUUUUGUACGUGAGUGCGUAUUGUUAUGUUUUGGUUAACAAAAAUAGUUUAAUUUGUAUCUCCUUCCGGGUGCAACACGAUGCACCGAAUGCUUCAUUCACAUCCUUCGGCAUUGCUAACCUUCAUCGAACUCAGUUCUCAUAUUACUUCUUAACACACACGCACUCCCGCGCUUGGGGUGCGCUGAUCAAGCAGCUGGUGCUGGGAAUGCUGCCAUGACGCACUAACACACACACAGACACACAGCAAGCAAAUGGUAAAAUGGCUGCCUCUUUUCCUCACUCGCAUUUGAAAUGGUCAUUCGCCAAAAAAGUUAUAAGUACUCUCUCGGUAACGGCAGUAGCGGAACACACUCACAUUAAACAGCGCCGAAUUUGGAUUUCGAAACGUUUUGCUUAAACGCUUAAGUUAUAAAACGGCUAAACUGGCUAAACUAAUGAGUAACAAUCGGUUUGUCGAAGAAAAGGGUUAGCAAACUUGAGGAAACAGUAAUACAGCCUACCGCAGCAGAGCAACGAGUAUUAUAAUAUACCGGAGCGGAUCGGCACAAACACCUUUACACGCAUUGGCCGUCGAUUUAAAUAACAUUUUUCCACGCUUUGUAUGCCACAUAUUGUCCCUAUUUUCCACACUAAUUUUUCUUUUUUGGUGAAACUUUUGUUGUACGUAAAGAAAGUUUUAAUAUUUGCAAGACUUUCAAUUAAUCUUCGGAAAGCUGACUCCACCAGAAGCAUCUGAUUAAGCGUACUUUUUUCUUCUUUGCUAUCUUAUAUUUAAUACAGUAAGUCCAACUCUUUUAAAGUAACGAUAGCAUUAGGAGAGGUGAAAGGAAACAGCAACAAAAAAACACUUGGAACUAUGUGAAAAAUGUAUAAAAUACGCAAGGUUUCGCAGAACAAAAAACAACUAAAGUGAAACAAAGUAAAUGGAAAAUAUAAGGAAGAAGGAGAAAAACUAUUGCACACUUACCAUACCAUAAGAGCACACGAACGAUAAAGCGGCAGGCAGGACUGUGAAAACUAAAACGAAAAACGGGCUUAAAGAUACCACACUUAUGCAAAUAAAAUAAUUCUCCAAAGAACUACAAAACAACAUUAAAGAAAAACCCCGAAAAAACACAUAAAACGAGAAGAAGGAAAGAAAAACUUGUCCUUACCCCCACACAAGCAGCAGGCUUUCCUCUAUGAACGUUUCGUCUUGUCUUCUUUUUAUUAGUAAAGGGUUUAAUCGAUUAUGGUUAAACUUCGUCCGGCCGUUUAAUCCUUCCGCUUCGCCGUCUCCUCCUUCGCUUCGUUUCGCUCCUUUCCCGUUUGCACGGUUUUGCUCCGCUGCUCCUCUUAUCGUUCUCCUACCUCAUUUGCUCAACUUUAUCUUCGCUUUCUGAAUGUUGUCGGUUGCGUGUCAGUGUGUGUGUGUGUAUGGGUGUGAGUGUGGUUUAUUUGUUACAUUUUUACAUGACCACCGGGCGAAGAACAAAGGAGCACAAACGCUUACUACCAAAUAUUAUUAUUAUAUGCCGUUGUUGCUUUCCCUUAACGUUUACGCGACUAGACAUCCCGAGUAGAGGUAGUCUUUCUCUCUCUCUUGUAAUAUGUGUGUGUGUGUUUUUCACUUUUCUGCUUCUGCUUCCUUAUCGGACAAAACAUAUAACAUAAUUAUUUAUUCGCUUGCUUAUCGCUUAAGCUUGCUUUGUUCUAACCGGUUCUAUGCGCGUGUUACGUCUCAUGUCCCAUUCAUUUAAAGUUAGAAAGGGACGUGAACAAAACCAUCCCGACCAAAAAUACCAACUCCGGGACAAAGCACUGUGCAAGUGUGCGGAAAGCUUUUUGUUACAUUUCCUCUGCAAAAGCGUUUACCCCUCAUAAUCAUCCCUUCUUCGACUGGGCACAUCUGGAAUGAUAUCAAAACGUGUGUGAGAUAUUUCCUUUUCGCUGCUUCUAAUUUUUAUUUUCUUUUUGUCUGUGUGUGUGUACGUUCCGAGACAUAAAUUUAGCUAUAUUUAGAAGUUUACCGUUCAUUACCGAAAGCCUGCCACACACUAAAUCUAUUCGUCAUUCAUUGUCUGCAUAUAGUCUUUCGAUGGCCAUAAUCAACUGCCGCCUGGAAGUCAAUUCAAGCUCAGACUGGAACAAAUAAGCCAUCGACACAGACACCAUUCAAUGCGAAGCACUCACAUGAUCGUCUUCAAAUUUACAAUAAAACGGUAGCGUUAGAUUAUAAAGCACGAUUACAGAUUUCCUUUCGUCCUAUCGUUACGCAAAACUUUGCUCAUAAAUACUAAAGAAAACCGUCCGUUCGGUUCUCCGUUUUGGCCAGUUGUUCACGCUUCCCAGACACACACAGACACACGCAGUAAUAGCUUGUGCGAACGGGGCAAUAAGACAACAAAACCUGUCUUCGUUUCAUGUAAGUCCAUCCAUGAUCGUUCGCUAGGGUUAGUUAGGGUGGUUAAACUAUCUUCAACAAAAAAGGGGGAUAGAAAGAUAGAAGGACCUGUCUGUUACCAUCCUGUGCUCCUCUCGUAUUAAACGGCACGGGACCGCCGUGAGGAAGGAAUGCUACGGGGGGGUGUUUUCAUCAAUUCACAGCAGAGUCAGAGCCUUUCACCCACAGCACAAUGGGACAAGGGAUAGCGACUACACGA